AGGUCUGUUUAUGACGUCCGAGGGUGGUCCACAAGUCAUUGUAACUGAUAGGGAUCUUGCUCUAAUGAAUGUUGUUGGCAUAGUGUUCCCUGAGUGUUAUCAUCUUUUAUGUCGUUUCCACAUUCAAAAAAAUGUGCAGGCAAAGUGCAAAAUGUUAGUAAAUUAUGUUGAUGCAUGGGAUGUUGUAUUGCAAGCCUGGGAGAAUGUCAUGGACUGUGAAGAUGAAUUAAAGUUCAACGAGUGUGUUCAUCGUCUUGAGCUUGUUUGCCAGCCAUGGCCUGUAUUCUUUGAAUAUGUUAACGACUCGUGGAUCAUUCCUUAUAAGAAAUUCUUUGUGAAGGCAAGGACGAACAAAGUUAUGCAUUUGGGGAAUACAACAUCAAACAGGGUUGAGUCUGCUCACUGGAGUCUGAAGAAAGUUCUUGGAAGUAGUAUGGGAGACCUUUGUUCGUGUUGGGAUGGAAUUCACACGUUAUUAUCUUGCAACACAACGAAAUUAAGGCGUCUUUUGAAAGAAGUUUAAAUCUGAUCAGUGACUCUUACAAGGCAUUGAGUUAUAGAAGAUUAGUGGGAAAUAUUUCUAGAUGUGCCUUAGAACUCC